GCCACAUUAUCAUGUGACGUUUCUAGACGGGAAUAAUUUCGGAAACCACAUUGUACCUCUGCUAGCUAGCGUUAGCUAAAUAGUGACCUUUUCAGUAUCCAGUCUUCACAGUUUAUCUAGGUAGCUAUAAUCGUCUGGGACACACGCGUUUAAUGUUAUGAAUAUGGCUCUAAGUAAAAUAUGGACAUAUCGCUGCGGUAUGUUUAGGAGUCUUCAUGAAGUGGUCUCCCAGAGGUGUCUACUUGCUGUGUCCUCGUUUCACAGCACACACACUCAGUCAGGCUCCAACAGAACGUCUGUGGUGCGUUUUGGCAGACAGAGAUAUGAACGCAUGUACCCAGUCCUGCUGGUACGUCCAGACGGGUCCACCAUCAGUAUCAGAUAUAAGGAGCCUAGAAGAAUAAUAAUGAUGCCUGUGGAUAUUAGCGCACUCUCAGAGAAGGAGAGGAAAGCUAGGAUGAGGAAGCGGGAUAGCAAGGGGGUGGUUGUGCUGAAGGAGGACUUUGAGGAUGACUUUAAAGCGGACGACUACAGCAAGUUCUGGAAGAAAACGUGAACGCUCCUGAAGUUAAAGUGUUAAAAGGCUCCCUCAGAGAACUUAAAUAUUUAAAUUUCAGAUGUAAAGAAUCUUUACAAAACAACUGUUGAUUUUUGCUUUUUGUUUGUUUAGCAUCCUGUCAUUAAAGGUUUUUGCUAUA